CCGACGCAGCCCUGCCCGGGAUAUCCUUGGGAGUCUCAUGAGGGCACAUGAAAGGAGCCUGCAUGGCAGACCAAGCAAGUCAGAAAUGAGGAAAUGAAAUGGCAGCGUUGACGGAAACAAAAACACCACCUGUGCCAUUAGGUGCACCUCCGGACCCAAGACAUGUCCUGCUACAACCAGUGCCUGCCCUGCCAGCCCUGCGGCCCGACCCCGCUGGCCAACAGCUGCAAUGAGCCCUGUGUCAGGCAGUGCCAGGACUCCACCGUCGUCAUCCAGCCCUCCCCCGUGGUGGUGACCCUGCCCGGCCCCAUCCUCAGCUCCUUCCCACAGAACACCGCCGUGGGCUCCUCCACCUCCGCUGCUGUUGGCAGCAUCCUCAGCUCUGAGGGAGUGCCCAUCUCCUCCGGGGGCUUUGGCCUCUCUGGCUUUGGCAGCCGCUACUGCGGCAGGAGGUGCCUCCCCUGCUAAAGCUCCUCCCUGCACUGAGGCCUCCGUUUGGAUCGACCUCGUUUCCCUCUUUUGACUCA